AUCAAAACAAAAAAAAAACACACUUCAGCAUUCUUCAAUUUCAAAUAUAGAGCUCGUAAAAAAAGCUGUUGCUAGAGUUCGCUGUGAGCAAUGGGGUUCCCUGAGCGCCAGCAACGUAACAGUACAAACGACGAUAAGCGCAGAAAAGUUCUGACGCGCGCUGCGCUAUAAAAGCAAUCGAUCAUGCUCAGACAGAACACAUUCAAACUAAAGCUCAAACAGCGAAACACGCAACAAGCGCAGCUUCAAAAACUACAACAACAUGAAAUUCUAUGCAACCAUCAUGCUCGCUUUGGCGCUUUUUGGCGCACUCGUCGCCGCAUAUCCGCAAUCGCUGGGUGGCUCGUUGAGUAGCAAUCCGAACGGCGGUGCCGAUGCAAGACUGGAAUUGGCGAAGGGCAUUGGUACACCGGACCACAAUGUGAUUGGCAAAGUAUUCGCUGCGGGCAAUACGAACGGCGGACCCGUUGCUACUGGUGGCGGCUUGGCUUACAACAAUCAUGGCUUGGGCGCUGCCAUCUCGAAGACACACAUACCCGGCGUACGCGACAGCUUCAGUCAGAGCGUCAAUGCGAAUCUAUUCAAUAAUGGCGCGCAUAGCGUGGAUGCCAACGCCUUUGCCUCGCAGAACAAAUUGGCGAAUGGUUUCAAGUUCGAACGCAAUGGCGCCGGCUUGGAGUAUUCGCACAUCAAUGGUCAUGGCGCCAGCUUGACCCACAGCAAUAUACCGAACUUCGGCAGACAAUUGGAGUUGGGCGCUAAGGCGAAUUUGUGGUCAUCUCCCGAUCGUAAUACGCGUUUGGACUUGACUGGCAGCGGUUCGAAGUGGUUGAGUGGACCGCUGAGCGGACAGAAGGACUUCAGCGCCGGCUUGGGGUUGACUCAUAUGUUUGGCUAAACGCAAAUGAAAAUGCAGUGUGCGGUAGCAAGAGAAAGGGGAAAACUCAUAUGCUUCAUGAUUUGUUUAAAAAAUAUUUUUAAGUAAUUGAAAUCUAAAGUUUUAAAAUUUAUUGCGCGUUUGGAAAAAUAAUUUAUUAUCAA